AUGACAAUCUCAAAGCAAAUCCGCCGGGUAGCUGUUAUCGGUGCAGGUCCAUCGGGUCUCUCAGCUGUGAAGUAUCUACUUGCGGAGAAAUACUUCACCAAGAUUGAUGUUUUCGAGAAGAGAAGUUCUGUAGGUGGGGUAUGGAAUUACACUCCACCAGCUCUCAAACAGAGCACAUCGACGCUUGUACCGCAACUUGAUCCGAAUGAACCUGGCGAUGAACCGACAUGGCAUCAUACAGGAGGCAUCCAGGGGCCGCUAGAGCCAGCUUUUAUAUCCCCCAUUUAUAGUACGUUGGAUACCAACAUUCCAAAGGAGUUAAUGGCCUAUGGGGACAAGCCAUUUCACCCUGAUGCCCAAGUGUUGCCGAAGUACUCUACAGUGAAGAAGUAUUUGGACGAAUACGCAGAAAAUGUGAAAGAUUAUAUUCAUCUUGAUACUCAAGUUGUGAGUGUCAAAUCUAGUGGUUAUAGAGCAGAUGCUUGGGCUGUAACAACGAAGAAUUUGCGAACUGGAGUCGACACGACCGAUACAUAUGACGCUGUGGUUGUGGCUAGUGGACAUUAUGAUGUCCCAUACACUCCAGAUAUACCGGGUAUCAAAAUCUGGAAUGAGACUUACCCAGGCAUUAUCUCCCACUCCAAGUUGUAUGACUCACCCGAGUCUUUCCGCGGGAAGAAGGUGAUCGUUGUGGGAGGUUCUGCAUCAGGAGUCGAUAUUGGCAAUCAAAUAAACAGAUUGAGCAAGGGCAAAGUGAUCGCGUCACAGCGAACAGAGUCAUAUCUGAUGCCGUCCAACGCCACAGACAAGGAUUACGUCCCAGAAAUUGUGGAAUUCUUACCACCAACCGAAUACAAUAGGGCAGUUCGCUUCACUGACGGUAAAAUUGAGGAUGACGUCGAUGCAAUCGUGUUUUGCACUGGCUAUCUAUACUCUUUCCCCUUUCUAUCGUCAUUAGAUCAUCCUGUUAUUACGGAUGGACGGAGGGUGUUGAACACCUACCAACAUCUGUUCUAUAUCCACAACCCCACGCUCGCUUUUCCUGUUCUCCCCCAGAGGGUAAUACCUUUCCCAUUGUCUGAGAACCAGGCUGCUGUUUUCGCUCGUGUCUGGUCUGGACGACUUACUCUCCCAGAUACAGCCGAAAUGAAGGCUUGGGAAGAUGGCACUGUCAUUAAAAAGGGGGAUGGAACGGCAUUUCACCUUCUACAUUUUCCAUUGGAUGCGGACUACAUGAAUCUACUAUACGAAUGGGCAGGCAGGGCUGAGCCGCGCCAAGGGUUGACCGACAAUGGAAAUGGUAAACAGGGCAACUACUGGGGGGAGAGGGAGAGGUGGAUGCGACAGUUGUUUCCUGAGAUUAGGAGAACGUUCGUUGGAAAGGGGGAUGAGCGGCACAAGUUCAAAAGCAUCGAGCAGCUGGGCUAUGAUUUCGAGAAAUAUAGAAAAGAGCAGGCACAUCUCUGA